CCAUUUGAAAAGAUAGCGUGGAGUAGGAGGAGGAGAGGCAGCAGGAAACCCAGCCCACCCUUUGGCUUCCUCCUGCCUCCUUCUAAAACCUGCAGACUCCUCCAGCCCAUCCAAGCGCCUGAAGUUCCCUCAGCCCUGCUGCCGGACUGCGAGGGUCUGCUGAAAGAUGAGGGCCUGGAUCUUUUUCCUUCUCUGCCUGGCAGGCAAAGCCCUGGCAGCUCCGCAGGAGGCUCUGCCCGAUGAGACAGAGGUCAUUGAGGAUCCCACCACAGAGGAGCCUGUGGGGGCCAAUCCCGUCCAGGUGGAGGUGGGAGAGUUUGAGGAACCCACAGAGGAUGUAGAGGAGAUUGUUGCAGAGAAUCCCUGCCAGAACCACCACUGCAAGCACGGCAAGGUGUGCGAGGUGGAUGACAACAACUCGCCCAUGUGUGUGUGCCAGGACCCCUCCAGCUGCCCAGCUACCGCCGGUGUCUUUGAGAAGGUCUGUGGCACUGACAACAAGACCUAUGACUCCUCCUGCCACUUCUUUGCCACCAAGUGCACCUUGGAGGGAACCAAGAAGGGACACAAACUGCACCUGGACUACAUUGGGCCUUGCAAAUUCAUCCCUGCCUGCCUGGACACAGAGCUGACCGAGUUCCCCCUGCGCAUGAGGGACUGGCUCAAGAACGUGCUGAUCACCCUGUACGAGCGCGAUGAGGGAAACAACCUGCUGACGGAGAAGCAGAAGCUCAAGGUGAAGAAGAUCCAUGAGAAUGAGAAGCGCCUGGAGGCUGGAGACCACAGCGUGGAGCUGCUGGCCCGUGACUUCGAGAAGAACUACAACAUGUACAUCUUCCCCGUGCACUGGCAGUUCGGGCAGCUGGAUCAGCACCCCAUUGAUGGGUACCUGUCCCACACCGAGCUGGCCCCUCUCCGUGCUCCCCUCAUCCCCAUGGAGCACUGCACCACUCGCUUCUUCGAGGCUUGCGACCUAGACAACGACAAGUACAUUGCCCUGGAGGAGUGGGCCAGCUGCUUCGGCAUUAAGGAGCAGGACAUUGACAAGGAUCUUGUGAUCUAAACCCCCAGCUUCCUUCUCUGCUGCCAACUUUGUCUUAUUUUAACCUUCCCACUUCCUUUGGUUUUUAAACCGCUUUUGUUUUGUUUUUCCCUGGGAACAAGGUGCUAAUAUAGACCUAAACAUAUGUAGGAAUGGUGCUAAGAGAAAUAACAGCCCUCAUUCAUAGCCUAAUCUAUUACCACUAGAUUACUCACUGUUUCCACAAGCUUCCACCAGCUCUUUCUCUCUCUGACGUGUCUUUACCAUUGACUGACCCUGUUCCUGUCCUAAAUACCCUGUCUCAGUAUCCGCUCUCAGAUGACUUCUCUUAACAACUUACUAACAGCACGUUCUUGGACACGUCCGCAUUAGACGCAAAGACCUCUCAGCUGAUUCACAGCCCGAUAUUGACCACCAGCAAGGGAAGGCAGAGCAAGGGAAGGCAGAGGAUGUUGGAGGAUUGGGCUUUUCGAGCAGAGCAGCUGUGGGUGACACUGUGGCCACCCAGCUCGUGGUAGGGGGAUGGAGAGGGAUGAGAAAGAUACAGAGUGGUAGGAUUUUGUCUUCCCCCAUUCCCCCCACCCCCCAUUCCCAGGGCUUGAAUUGAACAAUCAUUGGGCACAAAAAGAAGGGCUGAUCAACCAAAUGGAUAGGAAAGUGCACAAAAUUUAGAACCAAUAAGAUGAAAUGCAUCCCACCCUGUAAAAUCCCCUCCACCAAUAAAGGUUUGAAAGUGCUACGUGCUUUACCAUUACUCGAUGACCGUACUGCUGUUGUGUUUUCUGUGCUGCAAAGGGCGAGCAGGGGCAGCCGCCUGUUUCCCUGCUGUGUGGGGCUGACCUUGCUGUUGCUGAGAUAAAGCUCUUGGCUCUCCCCAGAUCACGGUGCCCCUGAGCACUUCCCACCUCUGCCUUGGUUGUGCUCAAAUUCCAGCCCCGCUGUGCCAGUCUUGGAAGGGACAUUUCUGCACAGAGAGAGUUGUGCUUGUCACGUGCUUGAGGGAAAGGCUGUGAUUUAUUAUUCCUGUUGUGGAUUUCAGGGUUUAAGGGAUGGGUGGGAGGAAAGGGAGCAGAUAUUACGGUAUUUGGAUUUUGCUUUAUAGAGAGUGCCCUGGCAGGAGUGAAGGGAUGGUUACGUCUCGCAGACUGAGAACUCCUUUUUUACCUCUGAAUGUUCCCUGUGCCUUAUAUUAUUAAAUUCCUGCCACAGUGUGAGCAACCUGAUGAGCCUCUGUAAUAAAAAUACUGAUUUGAAACACUGACAAUAAAUGAGCUUGCAAUGUU